AUGGCGGACGAUGUGGAACAUUUCUUAGAGUUUGUCUUAAAAAGGUCCGAAGAAAUAAGUUUGCAGGAAAACGAAGACAUUCUCUCUGAACUAUUAAAACAUAUAUAUUUGCUUGGUAGGACAGUACAAUUACUGGAAGAAAUAAGAGAUUUUGUUGUGAAUGCUGGUGAGCCUGAUUCAGGGAAAUGGCAGCAAUUGGUGAACGUUUAUUGUGAAAUUGAAAGCGAAUUUAUUUGUCUCUACAAUCGCGAAUUAAGCAACUCGAAUUACCGUAACAUGCCAACUACCGUUGUUAAUUGA